AUGUGCGCCGUUACUUUCCGGGUUGUCCUCCGGAGCAGCGCGCAGAGCAGAACAGCGCAGCGGAGGAGAGGAGCGCUCAGCCCGGGCUCUCACCGCCGCUCUCACCGCUCUCUGACCACCACCACCCCCCGGUCCGUGAUGUCGGAGCAGGGUGACGCUCCGGCCCCAGUCCCGGCCCCGGUCCAGGCUUCCACCGCCAGCUGGCCCAUCACCCGGGAGGCGUACGAGCUGCAGGAAGUCAUCGGCAGCGGAGCCACAGCCGUGGUGCAGGCGGCGCUCUGUUCACCGCGACGCGAGCGAGUGGCCGUCAAGAGGAUCAACCUGGAGAAGUGCCAGACCAGCAUGGACGAGCUGCUGAAAGAAAUCCAAGCGAUGAGCCAAUGCAGCCACCCCAACAUCGUCACGUACUACACCUCGUUUGUGGUGAAGGACGAGCUUUGGCUGGUGAUGAAACUUCUGAGUGGAGGAUCCAUGUUGGACGUAAUCAAGCACAUCAGCAAAGAGGAAGGCCAGAGCCGCUCUUUGGACGAGCCCACCAUUGCCACCAUCCUGCGGGAGGUGCUGGAGGCGCUGGAUUACCUGCACCGAAACGGACAGAUCCACAGAGACGUGAAAGCGGGAAACAUCCUUCUGGGAGAGGACGGCUCGGUGCAGAUCGCAGGUGCGUCUCUCCUCCUCCACUGA